GUCGAUAUCGACAACUUGUGUGCGACAAAACUGGCGCAGCUCUCAGCUGAUGAAUGUGGGUUGAUAAGGGAGGCGGAGAUCAGCAGAUAAAAUAAAUCAACGUGGCUCCUCUGGAAUAUUUUUGUGGAUUUUUACUUGUUCAUCUUGUUACUUGUUCAUUACUUGUUUUGCGCGCCCUAACUCUUCAACAACAACAACAUACUUGUUCAUCUGUGCAUUCCUCAGUGAUUGCUCAUCUUCCUGUUCAAAAUGAUGGAAGGAGGAGCCUUUGGUGGUGCCAAGAUGGGUGCAGCCUUUGACCCUAUUGCCUUCAUUCAAAGGCCACAGGUCAUCUUAAGAGCACUUUGUUUGCUGUUCUCCAUCAUCAUCUUCGGCUGCAUCUCCUCGCAAGGCUGGUACGAGGAUGACGAUAUGAAGCAGGUGUGCAUGUACAACCAGAACAGUGGCGCCUGCAACUACGGGACCGGCAUCGCCGUCAUCGCCUUCCUCGCCUGCUUCGCCUUCAUUGCCGGCGAGUUCUUCUUCAGCCGCAUGUCGUCCGUCAAGACGCGCAAACACUACGUGCUGGCCGACCUCGGAUUCUCCGGAUUCUGGACGUUCCUGUUCUUCGUGUCGUUCUGCUUCCUUACCAACUCCUGGAGCAACACGGAGGGCGUGCCGACAGCCAACGACAAGAACCCCGUCCAGGCCGCCAUCGCCUUCACCUUCUUCUCCAUCUUCACAUGGGGCGCGCUGGCCUAUCUGGCCUACCUGCGCUUCAAGCAGGGCACGGGUAACGAGUUCGCCACGGGCUACGAUCAGCAGGAGGGCGGUGUGCCGGGCGGCGCCGGGUACGCCGGCUACCCGGGCGCCAUGGACGGCUCUGCCGACCAAUCCGGCUACCAGGAGCCACCCUUCUCGCAGCCCCAGGACCCCGCCGGCACCGGUAACUUCCAGCCGCCGGCCUACUAGGCGCGGCGACUGAGUGGAGACGGCACUGGCGGUACUCGGCCCGCGGAGCCCGCGCUGCCGAGGUCUCCGGCUCGACUCUCCCGACCGGCGGGUAUCCCCGCAGCGGCGGAUCUCGGGUCUCGCCGCCGGCAGCAUCGCGCACAGACGCCGGUGUCCUCCCCGUACCGGAUCCGACCCGUACCGCUGGAUCCGCCGGUAUCCGGAUCCGUAGGGCGGCAUCCGGAUCGCUCCGGGCUGCGGCAGUUGUUUUAUCCAGAUCGGCGUGUGUGUGAUUAUUUACAUUCGACUAUGUGAUAUCAGUUGGGCCGCGGCCGUCAGCGCAGUCCGCCGCCCCGGGGCAUUGCCGUAUCAAUAUUCAUGUUAUCCGCCUCCCUAACUCUGUUCAGUUGUACUCUCAGUUCUCCUCAUUUGUUUAUCCCGCGCCCCCGAGCGCCCGGCCGUCUGGUCUGAGUGCUGGGUUGUUUUCUCGGUUGUUUGGGCCAGCAUUAAAUGUUUACGGGACUGCAUGCGUCCCGGAGCUCCUAGUCAACGGCAAGUAAUAAGUAGAAUAGCUCAUUGAAUAAGACAGCUAGUCGGUUACAGGCGCUCGCUGGCGCGGCCGGGCCGCCGCCGCGACGGCUUUGUGUAGCGGUAGUGGUGUCUUAGCGCGCUGUGUGGUGUGUGCCGUGUGGGUGUGGGUGUGUGCCGGCAGGUUAUCCCCCGGUUAUAUGUAGUUACUGCCACCGCGUGACAGGUGACUGCCCGCCGCGCGGUACUGAUUAAAUCACCUAUUUAUUUAGGUAUUCCGAGCUGAUUAACCGGGGAGGGUUACCGUGUAUCACAGUAGGCGCGGCGUGGGUUGGGUUGUAAUCCAGCGAGUCCUACUAUCAGUUAUCUCUCGGCUGUUGGUUGGUUGUCGGUUUGACUGCGGCGCUCGGUUUUCACCAGUGAAUGGAUCGGACACCUGUCUGGCCAGCUGUCCCAGCUGGGCGCUCUCCCACUCUCUCCUCUCCUCCGCUCUCUCUCCGGCGCCUCAGCCGCUCUACAACUGUGGGAGAUUGCCGCGGCAAGUAGAGGCUCUGUGUCGCUGGCGUACUGAGGGUGGCUGCUUACUAAGCCUGGAUCGUGACGUGUAGCUGUUAGCUAUGUCCUAGUCUCCCCUCCCCCCCCCCUCUCUCUCUCUCUCUCUCUCUCCGUGUUAGCUUUUGCAGAGUUCCUCCGUCGCCGUAUCUCUCCCUGUGCUGGUGUGGGGGUUCAUAAUACCGUAUCACUCCCGUUUGUCUGUCUGUCUGUGUGUUUACCUGUUGCUAUUGUGAGAGCGCUAGUGCGGCCGUCGGCCAUGCUGUGUAUCUGUGUAGCACGCUUCUGCGUAUCCAUACAUCUCUGUCGGCGUCUGACAGCUGUCACCGUGACAGCUUCUGUCUGUCACCGGGCCGGAGCUCAGCUGACGCGCCUCGUCCGAGGCCCGCGGAGGGCCCUGAACACCCAUACGAGACCCAUGUUGGACCCGCCGGGCCCGGUCAGCCUGUAGUGAGACGGAGCGACGCUAGCGCCGCCCCUCGCCAGAAAGCAGAAAUACAGUGUUGUUGUCGGAA